AUGAGCAUUUUACAAGUCAAUGACACAUCGAUCCCUGAUGUAUUGCCCCCAUCAAUUCCCAUCCCAAACUUUAUCGUCACAUCAUUCUCAUUUAUAUGGUACCAUCUCUACACAAACAUCUUGAGAAUACCGGGAGGUCCAUACAUCAUCCAUUACAUCAAUAAAUCGUACGAUGAUGAUCCAUAUAGAACAUGGGUCGAGAUUGGUCUGGUUCUCUAUGCCAUCUACUACUAUCUAUCCAAACCAAGACAAAAGAAGGGUCUGCAAUCCAAUAGACCCAAAUUGAGUCCACAAGAAGUAGACUCAUUAAUCGAUGAAUGGCAACCGGAAUUGCUUGUGGAAAAUACCGAGCUUUCUAAACAAUCUUGGAGAUUGGCUUCCAUCCCGGAAAUUGUGGACGGUGGUAUCGAUACACACAUUGACCUGACUCGUAAUUUUGGUAAGGAACGCUUUAAUAAUGUUUUCAAUAUGGCUUCUAAUAAUUUCUUGCAAAUGUCCAAAUGGCCCGAGGUGAUCGAAUUGGUGAAAAAAACUAUAAAAAACUAUGGUGUCGGUGCCUGUGGUCCUGCUGGGUUUUACGGUAACCAAGACGUUCAUUAUACUUUGGAAUAUGAUUUAGCUGAAUUUUUCGGUACCGAAGGUGCUGUGUUAUAUGGUCAAGAUUUCUGUGUUGCUUCUUCUGUGUUACCUGCAUUUACUAAGCGUGGUGACGUGAUUGUCGCUGAUGAUCAGGUUUCCUUGGCUUUACAAAACGCUCUACAAUUAAGUAGAUCCACUGUGUAUUAUUUCGAACAUAAUAAUAUGGAAUCAUUGGAAAAUUUAUUAGCUGAAUUGACAGAUCUGGAAAAGAAGGAUAAACCUCCUGCUAUUCCACGUAAAUUUAUUGUUACUGAGGGUCUUUUCGAAAAUUCUGGUGAUAUCGCACCAUUACCAGAACUGGUCAAAUUAAAAGAAAAAUAUAAGUUUAGAUUAUUCGUCGAUGAAAAUUUGUCCAUUGGUGUCUUGGGUGCCACUGGCCGUGGUCUUGCUGAACAUUAUGGUAUGAAUCGUGCUACUGCUAUUGAUAUCACAAUUGGUUCCUUGGCUACAGCUAUUGGUUCAUCAGGUGGGUUCUGUCUCGGUGAUAGUGUGAUGUCUCAACAUCAAAGAAUUGGAUCCAAUGCCUAUUGUUUCUCAGCUUCCUUACCAGCUUACACUGUCACUACUGGUUCCAAAAUAUUAGAAUUAUUGAAUAAAGAUACCGUUGUGGUUCCUCAAUUGCAAUAUUUGUCUCAACUAUUGUUUAAUUUUUUCACUAAGGAUUUACAAUUACAAAAAUUCAUUGACGUUACAUCAUGUAUCAACUCCCCCAUCUUACAUUUCCAAUUAACCGAAGAAUUUAGAAGAGCAAGAUUCAAUUAUUCCAGUGAAGAAUUAUUCGAAACAAUAUCGACAUUGCAAAAGAGAAAUGUUACUGAUAAGUACAUUGAGCCAUAUGAAAAUGAGGAGAAAUUCUUACAACAUAUCGUGGACACUAUCCUAACCAAGCAUAACAUUUUGAUUACAAGAAACACUAUUAUAUUGAAGCAUGAAACGUUACCCAUCGUGCCAAGUUUGAAGGUCUGCUGUAACGCCGGCAUGGACACACAAGAGCUACAAUCCGCCAUGGAAGCAAUCAAGGCCUCUGUGCUUGAGUGCUGUACCACCGCCAACUAA